AUGGCAGUUGUAACUCCAUGGAGCAUCUUACUUGCAUUAACCGAUACAUACUCUGUCCUAGUGAAACUCCUUCCUCAAGAAUUUAGACUUCUUUCCAUAGUCGUCGCCGGUGAUUUCGUACUCUCGUUUCUCUCUUUGGGUAUGGCUUGUUCUGUAGCUAGUGCAGCAGAACUGCUUUCGUCUGCGGGUGGACAAGCCUGUCAUGGUAGCCUCUGUAACCAAUACCAAGUCUCGGCCGCAUUGGCUUUCUUGUGUUGGUUUCUGUUACUUGCUUCAGCUCUUUUCAAUUUUUGGAGUUUGCCUUCUUUAUACUAUUAACAUUAACAUAGUUAUAUAGAUAGGAAUCAUAAUCAUAGGACAUGGAUCAUGUACAUUUUACAUACAACUCUCUAGUCAUGUCCUGUUAAUAUGAAAUAAAAUUUACCAGUUAUAUUAA